AUGCAAGACACCGCAGCUCUAGCUUUUACAGCAUAGCAUCUUCCACAUUCCAGGACCUUGCUGGUUUAACUAACAAAUACGCCGCCCCUGCUUCUCUUGAUAAUACCCUUAUCCGCUUCAAGAUGCAGCUUCCUAUUGUCGCCGCUCUCUUAUACGCCAACUUGGCGUUUGCUGCUCCCGGCACGGCUGCGCGUCGCCAGCGGGCCGCUGAGCGUCUUGCUGGGAGGAGGGUUUCCCGUGCUUCGAACACGCUUCAGCCCGCCGACAGCGAGCUUGCGAUCGCCUCUGGGAAUGACACUGCCCACGUCGAGUACAGCUCUAACUGGGCUGGUGCCGUUCUUAUUGGCAGUGGCUACAAGAGCGUAACCGGCAGUAUUGUCGUCCCCACCCCGAAGACACCGUCCGGUGGUAGCAGCUCCCGAGAGUACUCAGCAUCCGCUUGGGUCGGUAUUGACGGUGACACUUGUGACACUGCUAUUCUGCAAACUGGUGUCGACUUCACUAUCCAGGGAUCGUCGGUAUCUUAUGAUGCCUGGUAUGAGUGGUACCCAGACUAUGCUUAUGAUUUCUCUGGUAUCACUAUCAAGGCCGGCGACACCGUUACCUUCACCGUCACUGCUUCUAGCACGUCAGCCGGCACGGCUGUUAUCGAAAACGUGACGACCGGUAAGAAGGUCACCCACUCCUUCUCCGGCGAAUCCGACAAGCUCUGCCAGACCAACGCCGAGUGGAUUGUGGAGGACUACUCAAGCGGUGGCAGCUUAGUUAGCUUCGCAGACUUUGGCACUGUGCAGUUCACCGGCGCUUCAGUUAACGGCGGUACUGGAGUUAGCGGCGCGACUAUCAUUGACAUUGAGCAGAGCAGCAAGGUUUUGACUGACUGCUCGACCUCUGGAUCUAGCACUGUGGUCUGCUCAUACACGGGCUAAGCGAAUAGACUCGCUGUCAUGUCUGCAGGAAAAGGAAUCCGGACAUAUUGGCUGCGGGGUUGAAAUAUCUAGUUGCACUUGCGAUGCCGACUAGCUUAGUAGUAUAUCUUAAGUAGGUAUUUCAAUGAGGUUUAGCUUACUAGUAGCUACCUAUAAUAAUGAAAGAAAUUCCUCGUGAUAAUU